AUGGAAGAACCUGCUGCCAGCCAUGCUGCAAAGGAUCUGCGGCAUCCGGAGCCUGCCGUCGUCGCGUCUUCAUCGCUGAGAGCGAGAUCUCGUGUCUCUAGCCCUGAACGACCCUCGACGACGGCCACCACCACCACCACGGGGACUCUGACACCGGACUUGCAGGAUGCGCACGAGCUGGCGGAACUGCAUGAGAUCCCAACGCACACCAGAAGAGACUCGUCGCCGUCCACCAUCUCUUCGGGCUCGAUCAGGGUUGUAACGCGCCGCUCGACGCGGAGUAGCCAACUGACCAGGAGCAGCCGUGAGCCCACCGGCAGGUUUAAGCAUAUCAUAAAGUUCUGGAGACGCAAUGUCGUCCUGUCCGUUUCUCAAAACCAGAAUCGGGAUCAUUACGCGCUUGAACGGACCUACCUGGCGCAUAUGAGAACAUCGGUCGCCUUCUCUCUCCUUGGCGUCCUGAUAGCUCAACUCUUCCGUCUACAGCACUCGCAUAUCCACCAUCCCACGUUCGGGUUCUACACAGUUGGCGUACCUCUGGCCUGCACCUGCCAGGGGUUCGCGAUUCUCAUGGCGCUGUUCGGCGCACAUCGCUUUCUACGACAGCAGAAUGCGCUGUCACGGGGGAAGAUACAUGCCGGUGGGUGGGAGGUGAUGAUGGCAGCCAUCUUUGCGGCAGCGAUUAUCAUCACACUGCUAAUUCUUGUCGUCGUGAUCAGCGUUAAAAGGGAUAGUGUUUAA